AACGCCUUAACAAUCGAUGUUCUCACUUGAAACAAUUAUAAUAUCCCUGGAGGAAUUAUUUCAUGAGGUAAGCUGUACAGAAAGUUUGUUGGAAAAGUAAGAAGAGACUGUGACUUAAUAUAGUGGGCCUGGAGGAAUACCAACAGGGUUAUAGUGUGUCACUUAAUCAGCAAACAACCUUGCAGUGAUGGUAACUCUGGUUCCUGUCAGAUCACUGAAAUUAAGUGGUUAGUACUGCAGUGGAUGACCAUCUGGAUCUGCUGAGUGCUGUUGGCAAGUGGGGUGCACUCAGCGCACAUGAAACCAAUUGAGGAGCUACUUGACAGAGAAGUAGCAGCUCCAGUCACAAAAACUGACACCAGCUAGGAGAGUGGUGUGCUGACCACAUGCCCCUCCAUAGCCUCAUCUAUGAUGCCUGUCAGCUGAGAGUGACAUGGCAGUCGAUCAGUAACACUGGGCCUUCCAAGAUCUGUUCGGACACAGUUUACUUUAGUUUUUAUGUUACUUAAUAAAGUUAAAUGGGUCCUACAAUAAAGGCAUAGGAAUUCUGUCAAGACAAUACUUGGAAAUCUGAUCUAAAACUACAAGAGGAUGAAACUGCUGCACUUCUGACCACAGAUAAAAAAAAUCAUUACACUGGAUGCGUUGAAGAAAAUGAGGACUGUUGAUGACAAAAUUGUGUAUAUGCUGAAUACAUCUAUACCAACAGAAUCAUUUAAAGGGCAAGUUGAUCCAACAGCGACAUGCAAACAGCUUUAUGAAGAGCUGAAAUCCAGUUAUGAUACAAGAGAAGCAGCCAUUAAAAAAUGUAUUACUUUAACUGCAGAGCGAGUCAAAGAGCUGAAGGUUCAAAGGGAAAGUAGAGUCGAUGAUAUAAGCCUCCUGAAGAAUCUACGCAAAGAACAAACAAAGCUGAGAUUGCUUCAGUCAGAACUGAAUGUGGAAGAAGUGGUGAAAGAGAGAAGCACAAAAGUGUACUAUGAACGAUGUCGACCGUUUUUCAAACCAGCAGACAUUGAAUUAUGAUGAACAGGCAUUACUAUCUUCUAGUCAUGUGCCUGGUAGUAGAGUAUGAAUUCUGUGAGAAGGAAAAGGGCACUUGUGGAUUGAUAUUCAGUUUGUAUCAAGAGUGUGAAGUGGACUGCUUAGAACAGGGUGAUUACAUGCACUUUUUUAAAGGAAAUUUUUGAGGAAGAAGAAGAGUGUCUUUCAUUACAUAGAAGAGUGAAUCGUCUGUUUAUUUACCUGCAAUAUUUUGAUAAACAGUUGUAUUACAACAUGGUCACUAAUGUUCAUUUGUUGUUAUUCAACAUUUUGAUAAAAGAUUAUAUUACAAGGUUGUUGCUAGUGUUCAUUUGAUUUAAUUAUGCAGACUUGCCCAGGUAGCAGUGAAUGGAAUUAUAUUUUCCUUAAAAUAAAAUGAGUCUUUGAUACCAACAGAUACAUUUAUAAUGAAUCAAUUUUCGUGUGGUAAACAUUUUUCUGCUUGAAUUAAAAGCAGAAUUUGACUUACGUAUAAAAAAAAAAAAAAACAUUUGCAGAAGUACUGUUAACCAAAUUUUCAUUAGAAAAAAAUAUGCCAAAUAUAAAUUUUUUUAAAGUGUGAAGACUGAUAAAAUGUGCUCAGUGCAAUUGUAUGAUCGCUAGCCAUGUAUAUUAUUUAUAUAUGUUAGUCAUAUGUAGAAUCACAAUUUUGCCUCUUUUGUCAGCAGUCAGUUUUGAAGUCCAUGAAAUUAAACAAAACUGUACUUGCAUUUGUGGUCACUUUAAUGUUCAAGUAUGUAGUUAACAUUAGACCUUGCUGAUUUCCACAAAGCCCUUGACAGAAGCUGAAUAAUGUUUUUAUGUUAUAUACUUUAUACUUUAUUUGUACAAAUGUUGCUUUUGUAUAACACCAUUUUCCAUCCACAAAGAAAAUAAAUUUCA